AUGCUUCGAAUUGUCUAUUUUUUGCUGACAUGUGGAGUUCUCGUUGAAUCGACGGCUACGACGGUUGCACCACCGGAUUGUACGGCGUGUCCAGCUGGAGGUACCUGGUCUGACUGGUCCGAUCAAACAUCAUGCUCUGCCACUUGUGGACUAAACGGACAAAAGGUUCAGACAAGAACCUGUACUUCAUGGACUGAUGGAUGCCCUUGCACUGGAAACUAUUCUCGUGUCUAUCCCUGUCCCGAUUCAACUCUUUGCCCGUUCCCAGCCCCAACAUGUACCAGUCCUUACACCAAAUACCCGGACUACACCACGAAAACCUACAAAUGCGGAAAUGUGACUAUGGCUGAUGAUUAUGUGGCAGCAAAUUGUACUUUGAACAGUGUUCUCGACAACUGCCCAUGCCCAGCUGGAGGACUUUGGUCUGCUUGGGCCAAUUCUGGCACUUGUUCAGCAACUUGUGGUCUUUGUGGAACGGUGACACAAACAAGAACCUGUAGAUCAACAAGUUAUGGAUGUCCGUGCACCGGUCCAACGACACAAACCUAUAUCUGUCCAAGAACGCCUUGCGCUAACUCUACGUGUUGCAAUGAUGAACCUGUGGUAAUAACACUGUCUAACAACCAAACUCGAUGUGGUGUCCAAUUGGCGGCUGAUCCUGUUCUCCCGCUUCCAUCAUGCCCUACGACCACCACGACGACAACAACAACAACUACUACUACUACAACGACCACCACGACGACAACAACUACCACUACUACCACUACAACGACAACUACCACAACCACAACUACUACGACGACAACAACUACCACUACUACGACCACAACGACCACUACAACAACAACUACUACUACAACUACUACGACAACAACGACAACAACGACAACAACGACAACAACAACUACAACAACUACGACAACUACAACAACCACGACGACUACGACGACAACCACUACGACAACCACUACCACGACCUCAACGACGACUACAACAACAACAACAACUACUACUACAACAACAACGACCACCACGACGACAACAACAACAACUACUACUACUACAACAACAACAACUACUACUACUACGACAACUACUACCACUACUACCACUACAACGACAACUACCACUACCACAACCACCACUACUACGACUACCACAACAACGACUACAACUACAACAACUACCACGACGACUACCACAACCACCACUACUACGACCACGACUACCACAACGGCCACAACAACAACGACAACCACUACCACUACUACCACCACAACAACUACUACAACUACGACUACCAUUCCCGGCUGCCAACUGUGCAAGCAAGAUUUCUCGAGCCAUUACAUCACAAGGCCAAUUAAAAGUCUACAACUUAACAUCACCAUUACGCUUAACGCAAAGAAUUGCUUGCAAGCAACGUGGGUCUGUCAAAAUGCACCUCCAAGUUCCACAGAUUCAAUGGUGUUCGUUGUGCAGAAUUACACAAACACUGGAACGGUCGCAAACUUGACUGGAUGUGGGCAGAUUGCUUCGGGACCAGCCCCAGGCACAAUUCUCACUUGUGGAGCUGAUCAAUAUUGGAGAAUGAAUGGGCAACGAAUUGGUAUGUGGGGAUGCUACGAGAAUCCAUUGUCAUCCUGU